AUGACAACCACGCAGACCAUAACCACCCCAACUCCAGCCAUAACAAUCCCAACUCCAGCCAUAACCACCCCAACUCCAGCCAUAACAACCCCAACUCCAGCCAUAACCACCCCAACUCCAGCCAUAACAACCACAACUCCAACCAUAACCACCCCAACUCCAGCCAUAACCACCCCAACUCCAGCCAUAACCACCCCAACUCCAGCCAUAACAACCCCAACUCCAGCCAUAACCACCCCAACUCCAGCCAUAACAACCCCAACUCCAGCCAUAACCACCCCAACUCCAAUCAUAACCACCCCAACUACCACCAAAUAUGUCACGACUACUAUCCAAACCACAGAAGCUACCACUCCAACCACCACAACCAGUACAACAACGACGACAACAGCAACCACCACCACACCUCUGCCUCCAACUACAACAACUACCCUGUCGACCACAACAUCAGAAUUAACCACCACCACACCUGUUCAGACUACCGAGGCUGCACGCUGCUCUGCGAACUUCACACGAAUCAGCGCAGACUCGGAUUCAGCUGUUGUGACUUUAAGCACAUCAGCUCUGCUCUGUAACUUCACCUUGUUCACCGAGGAGAAGAUCCAGGCUGAUGGCGCCGACUGUGAGCCGCGUGGAGAGUUCAGUCACACCUUCACGUGUCACAUCACGGAUCUGGCACCCGGGACUUUGUACCGUCUAGUGGCGAUUUCCAAGAAGGAUGGAGAGACGAGCAACGCCUCAGUGCGCACAGACCCUGUUGGUCCGACUCAGCUGGAAAUCCAGAUGGACCCGGUUCAGCAAAAGAGGCUGUCUGUGGUCCAGACCGGUUCCUCGGGUCUGCGGAUGUCCUGGACUCGUUCGCCAGGUCAUGUGGACUGGUAUGACGUCACUCUGAAGGACACCAGUUCUGGAUCCGGCCGCAGCACUCGGAUCAUGGGCAGCGCAGCCCCUCAGACGGGCUUCACCUCCCUCGUCCCCGGGACUCUGUACACUAUAAGUGUGGUGGCUACUGCCGGGAACAAGAGCGCUCCACCUGUCCUCACCACAGCAGCUACAGCUCCCUCCUCUGUCAGCGGCCUGCAGGUGGCGUCCUCCUCCCCACACAGCCUCACAGUCUCCUGGCAGGUCGGUCCAGGCAGGACGGAGCGGAUCAGGGUUCUGCUGACGGAUCAGAGCGGGGUUCUGAUAAGUAACGUCACUCUAGAAAACACUGUGACCUCUGCUGUGCUGGACAGCCUGCAGCCCGGGACCCUGUACACCGUCACCGUGGUAACAGAGGCGGUCGGCCUGCAGAGCUCCACAUACAAACAGGCUGUGACAGUCCCAGCGAUGGUCUCAGAUUUGAAGCUGGACAACAACGGCAGCUCAGACACUCUGCAGGCGUCCUGGCUGCCACCUGAAGGGGGCGUCGACGUUUACCUGGUGACCCUGUCGGCUGUGGGAUCGGCUCCUCAGCAGCUCCGCCUGACGCCCAACAUCACCCAGGUGUUGUUCCAGGGACUGACUCCCGGUCGCAGAUACCAGCUGUCUGUCAGCACCACAGCUGGAGAGAAAACCACAGAGACCAGGACCAGCAGGAGGACAGUCCCGGACCGGGCGGCGGCUCUCUCCAUGUCCGGUGACAGAAGAGUGCUGAGGGUCACCUGGUCACAUCCCAGAGGCGACUGGGACACCUACAGCUUGCUGCUGAUGAACGGCUCUGUGGUUGUGAUGAACGAUACGAUCAGUAAACUGAACACACAGUACACGUUCUCCGUCCUGGACCUCGGCCUGGUGCCUGGACGCCUCUACGGGGCCGACGUCACCGUUCACAGCGGCGAUCUGAGGAGCACGGCGCACUGCCAGGGACGGCUGGCCCCUCGGCCCGUCCAGCAGCUGCUCGUCCGUCACUCUGAUGAAUCCACGCUGAGCGUCCUGUGGAACCGACCGCCUGGCGAGUGGGACGGCUACACGGUGGUCCUCAGACUGGUGGACUCGGCCUCCGUCUUGUCUCAGAGGAUGCUCCCCUGGGAGGCCAGAGAGUGCACCUUCAACAUCCUCGCCUCGGGACGCCGAUACACCGUUACCGUGGUGACCAACAGCGGCAACCUGAACAGCUCUGCCUCCGUGAACGGAUGGACCACUCCGGCUCAGGUCACCCAGCUGCAGGUUUCUAACGGCGGCAGCAUCGACAGCCUCCACACGCAGUGGGAACGAGCCUCGGGGGAUCUGGACUCGUACCGCGUCCUGCUGGUCCACGACAGCAGCGUCAUCAAGAACGAGAGCGUGGCGGCCAACACCACCAGCCUCAGCUUCCACAGUCUGAGGCCCGGCGCCCUCUACAGGGUGGUGUUAACCACUGUGAGAGCAGGACGCUCCUCCAGGCAGACCGUCGCAGAGGGACGCACUGUCCCAGCUGCAGUGGGUGAGGUAACGGUCAGUAAUAACGGCCGUAUGGACUUCCUCAGCGUGUCGUGGCGUCCGGCUCCAGGUGACAUCGACGGUUACUUGGUGACACUGAGAGACAAAGAGAAGACGGUUCAAUCUCUGGCUGUUUCUAAAUCCAGCCCCGAGUGUGUUUUUAACUCUCUGGUGUCUGGACGUCUCUACAACAUCUCCAUCACCUCACGCAGCGGCAACUAUGAAAACCACACCUUCAUCCAGGAGAGAACACAGCCGUCGAAGGUGCAGAACCCCACAGCAACCCACGCAGCUCGUGACGACUACCUGAAGGUGUACUGGCGCCACGCGGCCGGAGACUUCGACGUGUACCAGGUGUUCAUCAAACACAACAACACCUUCCUGCAGAACAAGACGGUUCUGAAGACGCAGAACGAGUGCGUGUUCACCGGCCUGGUUCCCGGCAGACUCUACACGGUGCUGGUGAGCACCUGGAGCGGGAAGUACGAGACCAGCGCCUCCACGCACGGACAAACCUUCCCGGCCGUGGUGCGAUCCUUGUCUCUUGCCAGUCGGGGCACCGAGGACCUGCGGGUGACGUGGUUGGCGGCUCCGGGUGACGUGGAUCACUACGAGGUUCAGCUGCUGUUCAAUGACAUGAAGGUGUUUCCCCCAAUGACGCUGGGCAGCAGUGAGGGAGAGUGCGUCCUGUCGUCGCUCACGCCCGGACGCCUCUACAAGAUCCUUGUGUCAACCUUCAGUGGCCCCAACCAGAAGGCCCAGUUUAUAGAGGGACGCACAGUUCCCAGUAAAGUGAAGAACAUCGACGUGAGUAACAGCGGUGACAGCGGCAGUCUGAAGGUGAGCUGGACGCCGGGUCAGGGCGACGUGGACGAAUACUCUGUGUUCCUGUUCAGAGAGAACCGGCAGCUGGAUGUCCGUGCCGUCCUCAAACACGUCAACCAGGUGAGCUUCGGCUCCCUGCAGCCCGGCCAACUGUACAGCGUCACGGUGCAGUCGGUCAGCGGAGAGCUGGUUAACAACAGCACGGCCAGCGCACGCACAGUCCCUUCAGCAGUGACGGCGCUGCAGGUGGAGAACAUGCACUCCACCAGCAGCCUGCAGGUGAGCUGGCAGGAAGCUCUGGGCGUGUCCGACGGAUACGACCUGCAGGUUCUGGACGACAGAGGCAGUCUGGUGACAAACUCCUCCCAACCCUCCGGGAGCACCAAGCACAUAUUCAACGGUCUCACCCCUGGAAAGAAGUACCGCAUCCUGGUCCAGACCACCAGCGGAGGAGUCCACAGUCAGGGGGUCAGCGCUGUGGCUCGCACAUAUCCUGCAGCCGUCACUGAUCUGUCCAUUCAAAGCAACACCACCAGCAGCCUGUCCUUCCACUGGUCUCCACCGGAGGGCGAGUUCGAGUCCUACGAGAUCGUCCUAUACAACAGCGACGACACGCUGCAGGACCGACGCCGCGCCCCGUCCAGCAGCCAGCAGUGCUCCUUCCAGGGCCUCCGACCCGGAGCUCCGUAUAAGGUGGUGCUACUGACCCGCAGCGGGGAGCAGACCAACGACUCCUCCAUCUGGGCUCGGACAGUCCCAGCAGCCGUUUUAUUUCUGAAGGCUCAGAGUGGAAACCAGUCUGACGCUCUGUGGGUGAACUGGGAUCGAGCCGGCGGCGAUCUGAGCGGCUACCUGUUGUCUCUCUACAACCCCAACGGCUCGCAGCAGGCCGAGGAGCAGCUGGGGUCAGAGGUCACCGAGUUCGUCUUCCGCGACCUCGUACCCGGGCGUCUGUACCGAGCCGCGGUGCUGACUCUCAGCGGAGAGCUCGCCAACAGAGCGAGCACGCAGGGCAGGACGGCUCCCAGACCGCCGACCUCCUUCUUGUACGGAGGCGUGACCAACACCUCGCUGGAGAUCACCUGGAGCGGCCCCGUCGGCUCCGACUACGACGACUUCGACCUGCAGUGGACUCCUCGGGACCAGCUGUCCGUCAUCAACCCGUACCACAGCCGCACCUCCGGCAGCCGCAUCCUGAAGGGGAUGUACCCCGGACGCCGCUACAACUUCACCCUCCGAGCCGUCAGCGGGGCCACGGACGUCGGGGCCACGCCAACCUACAGUCUGCCCAUCCACACCAGCAUCCGAACCAAGCCGGAGCGAGUCCACAACCUCCACUGCCGCCCUCAGAGCUCCACCUCCAUCUCCUGCUCCUGGGGGCCUCCGCAGGCCGACUACGACUCCUACUCCAUCGAGUGUCUGCACCAGGACACCCCGGUCUACUCGCGCAGCACCGGCCGCCACUCCACCUCCUAUCUCAUCACCAACCUGGUUCCACACAAGCACUACACCGUCUGCGUGAAGGCCAUCUCCGACACGACCACCAGCGAGGCGGCUCGAGACAACGUGAUCACCAUGAUCGACCGACCUCCCCGGCCCAGCACUCGUGUCGAUGACAAGUCCGCUGUGGUCACCAAGUCCUCCAUCUCCUUCAGCUUCAACUGCAGCUGGUUCAGCGACGGCAACGGAGCCGUCAGGUUCUUCACCGUGGUGAUGACCGAGUCCGAGGACGUGGAGAACGAGCAGCCGGAGCAGGACCAUCCUCUUCCCUCCUACCUGGACUAUAAAUCCAACAGCUCCAUAAAAUCCUACCAGACCAGCUUCUUCCCGAGCCGCUGCACCGACAGCAGCCCUCACAGCUUCGACAUCAGCGUUGGGACGGGCAUGGACUCGCUGGGAGGAAACUGUGACCACAAAGACCCGGAGAGCAGGGACCAGUUCUGUGACGGACCGCUCAAACCGAAAACUGCUUACAGAAUCAGCGUCCGAGCUUUCACUCAGCUGUUUGACGAAGAGAAAAACAGCUUCGUCGUCUCCUCGCCUCUGUACACCGACACAUUCUUGUCCCUUCCUCUGGUCACUGAGGCCGAGCCUCUGAGCGGUGUGAUCGAAGGAAUCAGUGCCGGCUUGUUUCUGAUCGCUGUGGUGGUGGGAGUCGGCGUUCUGCUCCUCUGCAGGCAGAAAUCACGCAAAGUUGUGCAGGAGAGAGCGUCGGUCAGGAUGAGUCUGAGGAGGGAGAGACCCACAUCAGGAGUUCAAGCGGGGGUCAGAGGGAACCGUCGCAUCUCAAGUCCCGUCAAAAUCCCGAACUUUGAGUCUCAUUACAACAAACUGCAGGCCGACUCCAACUACCUGCUGUCAGAGGAGUACGAGGAUCUGAAGGACGUUGGUCGUAACCAGCCGCUGGACACCGCUCUGCUGCCGGAGAACCGCGGCAAGAACCGAUACAACAACAUCCUCCCCUAUGACUCGACGCGGGUGAAGCUGUCAUACGUGGACGAUGAUCCGAGCUCCGACUACAUCAACGCCAGCUACAUUCCUGGUAAUAACUUCCGUCGGGAGUACAUCGCCACGCAGGGUCCUCUGCCGGGAACUAAAGACGACUUCUGGAAGAUGGUGUGGGAGCAGAACGUCCACAACAUCGUCAUGGUGACCCAGUGUGUGGAGAAAGGCAGGGUGAAGUGUGAUCACUACUGGCCGUUUGACCAGGACCCGCUGUACUACGGAGACCUGAUCGUCCAGAUGCUGUCGGAGUCGGUUCUGCCGGAGUGGACCAUCAGAGAGUUCAAGAUCUGCAGCGAAGAACAGCUGAGCUUCACCCGGCUGGUCCGUCAGUUCCACUACACCGUGUGGCCCGAUCACGGAGUCCCGGAGACCACGCAGUCCCUCAUCCAGUUCGUCCGGACCGUCAGAGACUACGUCAACAGGACUCCUGGAUCCGGACCCACGGUGGUCCACUGCAGUGCCGGUGUGGGUCGGACAGGGACCUUCAUCGUUCUGGAUCGUGUGCUGCAGCAGAUGGACACCAAGGACUCGCUGGACAUCUACGGCUCCGUGUUCGACCUGCGUCUCCACCGAUCGCACAUGGUGCAGACUGAGUGUCAGUAUGCGUACCUUCACCAGUGUGUACGCGACGUGCUGCGAGCGAGGAAGCUGCGCAGCGAGCAGGAGAACCUCCUCUACCCCAUCUAUGAAAAUGUGAACUUCACCGGCCAGAGAGAGACGCUGUGCACCAGACGUUAAAGAUUGUAUUGACUACUGAAAGAUAUGUUGAGCACUACAGGGAACUUUAUUUUUCUAUCACUGUUUAUAUAUUUUCAUCUACAGAUAUUUUCUAAAUAGAGAAAAAAAACUAUAUGAUUUAUUUAUGCAUCAUACGUGUACAUAUACUGACAUCAUAUCUGUAUGUUUUUGUAUAUAUUUUGCUUUAAUAUUUCUAUAUAACGGCUGCUUGUUUUAAGUUAUGUAUGAUCAUUGUGUUUAGAAGUUUUAAUACAGUAUGUGCACGCUGCAAUUAUGUUAAAUUAUAAAAAAAAAAAUAUUAAAUGAGAUUCUGUAGUGAACGUUUUUUGGAAAGUGAUUCAUAAUGCAUGGAUGGAUUUCUAAAAAAAAAGGGGGGGAGGGGUGGUCUCCAAGGCACAGGAUAAGGAUCAGGAUAAGGGGCCCCCAAAAGCCUAAUUAGUAUCAAACUUGUGGAUUCAUGCAGAAACUUUAUACCAAUUAAAAGCUGCAUUAUAAGGGUUAAUUACUGCCUGCCCUUGUUUUGUAUUAGCACAGAGAAAGGAAUGUUUUAAUGGUUAAAGUCACUCUCAGAUAGGCAGAAGCUGCACCUCGCUCAAACUGGUUUUUUUUUGUGGAGGUUGUUGCUGGGAAGUGAUGUAACGUAGAUUUAAUUUCUGCGGUAUUCAGCAUUCAGGUAAUAUGACACAACAAUAGUUUUAUUGCCUGUCCUCCUCCUCCACCUCCUCCUCCUCCACCUCCUCCUCCUCCUCCUGCAUGAGGGCAAGCAACAACUCAUUAGGUGUAGCUACAGAUCAUUUAAUAUUAUAGAUACCAGAGCUCAUAAAGUUUAUGCUCCUGUAGCUAUGUUUGAAAUAUCUCAACAACUAUCAAAUGGUUUGUUAUAAAAAUUUUAUUCACACGUUCAUGUUCCCCUCAGGGUGAAUUAUCAUAAGUCUGACUUGUGAUUUAUAUUCAUCUGAGGUUUAUGCAGUGGUUUGCAUGAUAUUUGUAUCACUGUGGGAAAACAUGGUGCAGGUUUUUUUAAACCAACAGCAGCACUUUACAGGUGUGCUUCACCUGCAAAAUGUCACUAAAAAGAGACGUUUUAUGCAUCCUGCUCCCUCAUAAUCCAUCCAUGCCUUAAUGAUUUCACUAUGUAGAUUUAAAAAAAGGACAGGUUUACAGUUUUUCAAGUCUGUUUUCAAGCUACAAUCAGGUGCUUAUAAAAACACUGAAGUGUAUUUUUGCACAGAAGGAGGACUGUGGGUUUAGUCCUCCAUCACUUUACAUUAUAAGUGCAUUAUGAAGAGAUCUUAUAAUCCUCAGUAUGAACAGGAGGAAUCAUUACAGCAAAAAAAAAGGUGCAAAAAAAGGGUUUAAUGUUCAUUUGGGUUAAUUUAAGACAGACUUGAACAAUUAUGAACCCAUCCUUUAAACAUUCAAUACUUAAGCAAAGCUAAAUUUGUAAAGAAAAACCCCUUUGAUAUUAUUUAUUAAAUGUUUAACAGUGUAAUAGUGACUGUGUGGUUGGAUCAGACUAACAACCACACAGCUUUCAUCAGAUGUUUUAAACCCUGACGGUCUCCACUGUAUUUUUUCCUUUAAAUAAUCUCCUCAGUGUUGUAUCGUUGUGCAGCCGUGACAGAUUUGUUGUAUCAGCAAAAGAGAAAAGGAUUUUAUUAAAUCAUAAAUGUGUAUUUUAAGUGUGCAUUAUGUGGUUUUUUCCUACAAAAUUAAAGGAAGUGUUCACAAUUUCUUUUACAAAUAUGGCUUAAAACAGCAGAGAGGAACAUGUAUUUCUUCCUCCUGAUCAAACUGGCCAUAUUAAGAUCCCUUAAUAAUGCAAUUUACAAUAUAAGUGCAUAGUGAAGUUUAUCUGAAGCUAAUAUGAAGCUUCAGUCGUCCAAAUUUGGCAGAUUUCACUGUAUUAUGACUAUAACUCAGACUGCUGGAGCCUCAUAUAAGCUUCAAAUCAACUUUUAAAUGCAUUUUUGCACUAAAUAAUUGGAUUGAAAGCACAUUUAAAGGGCAUAUUUAAAUAGUCAGUAUGAACAGGAGGAAUUAUUACAGCGAGGAAAGUUUUAAGACACACUUAAUAAAAUUGUGAACUCAUCCAUUAAACCGUGCAAUUAUGUUUUGAAAGAGGGGGGGGGGGAGCAUAUUGUUGAUGAAACACAGCAGAAGAUGUAGAAAUCUGUUAUUUCUAUGAUUAUUCAUCCAUAAUGGAGGCAUACCUGCUGCAACAUGACUGUAAAAGUCACUGUGAAGGAAUGUGAGAGACAAGAAAAAUCUUCCUCUCUGUAACAGUUUUAGUCUUUUUUUAAAUCUUUUUUAUUUUGGCUUCAUGUGAAUAUUAUAUUGUGUGUGUGUAGCAAAACUAGUCAAUUCCACAGAA